AUAUGAAUUACUCUCGGUUCCUCACCUCUGUGAGUGCAGCAAGAAAAGCCUCUCCAAUAAGACUUCUAACUGAACUGAUGCAAAGGUCUCCUCCAUCACUCAUCUCCCUGGCUGGAGGAGCCCCAAACCCUAACACUUUCCCAUUUAAGAAGGCUACCGUGGUCAUUGAACAUGGAGCUGCUGUUGAGAUUGGGGAAGAGCUGAUGAAGAGGGCUCUCCAGUACUCCACCUCAGCAGGGAUUCCAGAACUGUUGUCUUGGCUAAGAAAUUUUCAAAGGAAUCUACAUAAUCCCCCCACAGCCAACUACAGUCCUGAGCAAGGACAAAUGGAAGUGUGCAUCACAACUGGCAGCCAGGAAGGCUUAUGUAAGGUGUUUGAAAUGCUCAUUAAUCCUGGGGACAAUAUCCUUUUGGAUGCACCUACAUAUGCUGGGACACUAGCAGCUCUGAGACCUUUGGGUUGUAACAUAAUUAAUGUUCCUAGUGACCAGCAUGGCAUUAUUCCAAAAGCUCUGAAGGAAAUUCUAUCUGCAUGGAGCCCAGAAGACAUAGAAAAAUGUAGCCGCAAUAUUCCUAAAUUCCUGUAUACUAUCCCAAAUGGUUGCAACCCAACUGGAAACUCUCUGACCACAGAGCGCAAGAAGGAGAUAUACCAGCUUGCAAGAAAAUAUGAUUUCCUAAUAAUAGAAGAUGAUCCGUACUACUUUCUUCAGUUUCAAAAGCCAUGGGCUCCAUCUUUCCUUUCAAUGGAUGUGGAUGGCCGAGUUAUCAGGACUGACUCUUUCUCUAAAAUUCUGUCAUCGGGGUUGAGAAUAGGCUUCCUGACCGGUCCAAAGCCUCUGAUCGACAGAGUCGUCCUGCACAUCCAAGUAUCAACGAUGCACGCCAGCACCUUCACACAGAUUAUGAUAUUACAGCUUCUUCAGCAAUGGGGAGAGAAGGGUUUCUUGGAGCAUAUAGACAGGGUGGUGGAGUUCUACAGAACCCAGCGGGAUGCCAUGCUCAUUGCUGCUGACAAGUGGCUAAAAGGCGUGGCGGAAUGGUAUCCCCCUGCUGCAGGAAUGUUCUUAUGGAUCAAAAUUAAGGGAAUUGCUGACACACAGCAGCUGAUCAUGGAAAAAGCUUUGCAGAAAGAAGUGUUACUAGUUCCCGGAGGAGCAUUCAAUAUUGAUAUUUCAGAGCCUAGUUCUUAUGUCAGAGCCUCCUUCUCUCUGCCUUCUCCAGCCCAGAUGGAUCAAGCUUUCGAGAGACUGGCUGGCCUUAUAAAAGAAGCUGUAUGA